AUGGCGGCCAACGUAACAGCUGCGGCAGCAGGUGUGGUGGGGAGACAGGUGCUGUUCGGCUGGGUGGACUACGUGGCUUUCGCGCUAAUGCCCUCUCUCUCCGUGGCCAUAGGCCUCUACUUCGGCAUCUGUGGCCGUGCCAAGAACACUGCCAAGGUGGACUACCUGCACGGCGGAAAGACUAUGAGGGUGCUCCCCGUCGCCAUCUCGCAGAUAUCGAGUCACGUAUCUGGUAGCACGCUGGUGGGUGUACCUUCAGAGAUCUACUUGUACGGCAGUGUAUACACUUGGAUUUGCCUGAGUGUCAUUCUGUUCUCUAUCGUCACCAACUUCGUCUUUCUCCCAGUCUUCUUCGAGCUUCAGCUCACAUCAACUUACGAGUACUUGGAGCGCCGCUUCAGCCGAAUAAUCCGUGUCCUGGCGUCGGGCUUAUUCACGCUCAACAUGGUGCUCCACCUGCCACUCUACCUCUACACGCCAGCCAUCUGUUUCAGCCAAGUAACUGGAGUCAGCGUCCACUGGAUCACGCCUGUUAUCUGCGUGAUGUGCAUUUUAUACACUAUGUUGGGCGGCCUGAAGGCGGUGGUGUGGACGGACUUCCUGCAGAGCGGCGUCACGCUGAUGGCCUUCAUAGCGGUGCUCGUCUUCGGGCUGGUGGGCGCCGGCGGCUUCUCGCAGGUGUGGCAGGCGGCCAGUGACGGCGGGCGCGCCGACUUCUUUGUGAUGACCCCGGACCCAUUCGUCCGCAACUCCUUUUGGACUGUGGUGGUGGGUGCUACAGUUUCCUGGGUAGGAGGAAUCGCUGUCCACCAGGGGAUGGUACAGAAGUUUCUAUCUCUGCCCAACAUGAGAGCUGCUCGGAAGUCUCUGGCGGGGUUCACUUUUGGUAUGAUCCUGAUACACCUUAUAAGCAUAUUCUGCGGAUUUUUGCUGUACGCUGAUUAUCAAGACUGCGACCCAAUUAAGACGAAAGAGAUAUCUCGUCCAGACCAGCUGCUACCUUUCUACGUGAUGAAAGUGGCUGGACACGUGCCAGGAUUGCCAGGGCUCUUCGUCGCUGGAAUAUUUGGAGCCGCUCUUAGUUCCAUGUCUGGUUGCCUUAACGCACUAUCUGGGACCAUCUACGAGGAUUUCCUGCUACCUCUGAUGCCUGGC